AUGUCGUUUUCCAACACCAAUAACUUUUUAAGAUGCUUUUGCUUCAAGGACUGUCAAACAGGAAAACAUACCCAUAGUGGUUUCUUCUCCAGUGAUCUCCUCCCAUCUCUAGGAGCCAAUUUUAACCGGUCGGCUACACCAAGAAAAUACACAAUCUGUCCUUUUGACAGACGUUACAGGGCAUGGGAGAUGUUUCUAGUUAUUUUGGUAAUUUACUCAGCCUGGAUUUCACCAUUUGACUUUGCAUUUCUUGAUGAUAAGGAAGGAGCCCUACGUAUCUUUGACAACAUUGUCAAUGGCUUCUUUGCCAUUGAUAUCAUUCUAACCUUCUUUGUGGCAUAUCUCGAUAGUCAAUCAUAUGUUCUUAUCGAUGAUCACAAGAAAAUAGCAGUGAGGUACCUAUCAACCUGGUUUAUAUUUGAUGUCAGCUCGACUGUGCCAUUCAGAUCACUAAGCCUUCUCUGCACAGAUAAGAAAAGUGAACUUGGAUUCAAAGUACUAAGCAUGCUUAGAUUAUGGCGUCUUAGAAGAGUUAGCUCCCUAUUUGCGAGGCUUGAGAAGGACAUCAGGUUCAACUAUUUCUGGAUACGAUGUACAAAGCUCAUGUCGGUGACUCUCUUUGCAGUACACUGUGCGGGAUGCUUUAACUACUUGAUAGCUGAUAGAUAUCCAGACCCAAACAAAACUUGGAUAGGUGCAGUUUAUCCGGACUUUAAAAGCGAGAGCAUCUGGAACAGAUACAUAACAGCACUGUAUUGGUCAAUUGUGACUCUGACAACUACUGGUUACGGAGACUUCCAUGCUGAGAAUGCAAGAGAGAUGGUGUUUGAUAUCUGCUAUAUGCUAUUCAACUUGGGAUUGACAGCUUACCUCAUCGGGAAUAUGACCAAUCUUGUUGUCCAUUGGACUGGACACACCAGAGAAUUUAGGGACAAAGUCGCUGCUGCAUCAGAAUUUGCAAAAAGGAAUCAACUUCCUCCACAGAUAAAAGAUCAGAUAUUGUCUCACAUCUGUCUAGAUUACAGAACAGAGGGGUUAAAACAACAAGAUACCUUAAAUUGUCUGCCAAAAGCCAUCCGUGCAAGCAUUUCACGCCAUCUCUUUUACCCAAUUGUGCAAAAUGUCCAUUUGUUUCAUGGCAUUUCCAACGAGUGCCUUUUCCAGCUGGUUUCGGAAAUGGAAGCAGAAUACUUUCCACCAAAGGAAGUUGUGAUUCUACAGAACGAGAUUCCAGCAAAUCUGUACAUAUUGGUUACUGGAGCAGUGGAUAUAAUUGCACAUAAAGAUGGACAGGAUCAGAUCAUCGGAAAGGUUGUGCCAGAAGAAAUGUUUGGAGAAACAGGAGUUUUAUACAACACACCUCAGCCAUUCACAUUUCAAACAACUGAGAUUUCUCAGAUAUUGCGAAUGGAUGGUUCUGCCCUACUCCGGAUUAUUCACACAAAUACACAAGAUGGAUUUAUCAUCAUGAACAAUUUUUACAUGAAACUAAAAGGCCUGGAAAACUUUGGACAUGCAAGUCAACGAAACAACCGAGUUGGAUCUCAUGGAGAGUCAACUAUGGAGAUUUCUUCUACUGAUUUACAUACAUAUCCCAAGGCAGAUCAGGUUACAUGGGAGCCAAGUGAUGUAGAUUAUCUUAAUUCAGAAACUAUAGAGCAACAAGAGCAGAUCAAUAAUUCUAUAUCAAAAAAGAAUGAAAUGAAUGUCAAUUUACCAGCUGAAGAUGGCCAAACUGCACUUCAUGUCGCAGUAACAAAAGGCCAUUUAGAAAUGGUAAAAUUUCUACUAGAGGGUGGAGCAAACAUAAACAAAGCAGAUGCAAGAGGGUGCACACCAAAAUCUUUAGCUAAACAGCAAGGAGACAAAAGCAUAUAUGACCUUCUAUUAGGUCAUGAAAAUAAGACUAUGGAACACAAAAUAGAUUUAAUUGAGCAAGAACCAACAAAUAGUACACAGUCAAGUAGGCACUUACCAACACCAAACAAAGAUCCUUGUUGUUCCGCCUCAUUCACCAAUUUGAUCAGUCAUCCGGAUGGAAAUAUGAAGAAGCUUAAAAAGAGGGUCACCAUUCACAGAAACUUCCCAAACAGUUCAUCAGAGAGGCAGCUUCCAAAGCUCAUAGUCCUACCAGAGUCAUUAGAAGAAUUACUGAUCUUUGCAGGUCAAAAGUUUGGCAGGAACAAUUUUGCGAAAGUGGUAAACUCGGAGAAUGCAGAAGUAGAUGAUUUGAGUGUCAUCCGAGAUGGUGACCACUUGUUUUUCCUUCCAAAUGAUUGUGAAAGUAGGGACUACAAUACAAUGUAACCUAGAGCGUAUGGGAAUCAAUCAAUAUAAUAGAAAUUACGAGUUAGCUGUAGCUUCAACAAGUCUCUAUUUAAUGAAAAUCUAACUAAGUUUGAUAAA